AGGAAAUCUGUACCAAAGAGGCUCUAGUUGCUGUUUAUAGCUCCCAAAGGUCGAGGGGAGAUAUUUCCAGUAGUAGAAAGGGUUGCCUCAGGCUGGUGGUGUCCGCACUCUCUUCCAAUCCAGCAGACUGUGAAGCCCAGGGUCUGCACUGGGCUUCGCCCCCUCACUCGAACUACAACUCCCAGGAGUCCCCGCGACCCGGGGAGUGCGCACGCGCGUCGGCGGCGGAGGGAACCAGCCCCACAGACCGCGCGGUAGAGGUGGGGAAGCCGCUGUCGGUGGAACCGGGCAACUCCCUGGGAGGCAGACACGGCUGGUCACCGAGGGGCAGGCUGUCCCCGUAGGUCUGGGAAGGAGGUCGGUGGCCCCAGCGAAUGCCAGUCAGCUUUAAAAAAAGGUAAAACUCACUUCUGACUAUACUGAAUAGCAAAAAAUAAGUGACUUCGGACACUGCAAAUCAUGGCACUACCAUUCCGGAAGGACUUAGAGAAGUACAAGGACCUAGAUGAAGAUGAGCUCCUUGGGAAUCUGUCAGAAACAGAACUGAAACAACUGGAAACUGUUUUGGAUGAUCUUGACCCUGAGAAUGCCCUUCUGCCUGCAGGGUUCCGGCAGAGGAACCAGACGUCAAAGUCCUCCACGGGGCCAUUUGAUAGAGAACAUCUCCUUUCAUAUCUGGAGAAGGAAGCAUUGGAGCAUAAGGACAGAGAAGACUAUGUGCCCUAUACUGGAGAAAAGAAAGGGAAAAUAUUUAUUCCUAAACAGAAACCUAUACAGACUUUUACAGAAGAAAAAGUAUCUCUUGAUCCAGAAUUAGAAGAAGCUUUGACAAGUGCUUCUGAUACAGAACUGUGUGACCUCGCAGCUAUUCUUGGGAUGCACAACUUGAUAACAAAUACACAGUUCUGUAAUAUAGUGGGAAGUAGUAAUGGUGUCGACCAAGAAAAUUUUUCAAAUGUGGUAAAAGGAGAAAAGAUUCUUCCAGUAUUUGAUGAGCCACCAAAUCCAACCAAUGUGGAAGAGAGCUUAAAGAGAAUUAAAGAAAAUGAUGUUCGUCUUAUUGAAGUUAAUUUGAAUAAUAUAAAGAAUAUCCCAAUUCCAACCCUAAAAGAUUUUGCGAAGGCUUUGGAAACCAACACACAUGUGAAGUAUUUCAGUCUUGCAGCCACCCGGAGCAAUGACCCUGUUGCUCUUGCUUUUGCAGAUAUGCUAAGAGUGAACAAAAAUUUGAAGAGCUUAAAUAUGGAGUCCAACUUUAUUACAGGAGUUGGGGUUCUAGCACUGAUUGAUGCCUUAAGAGAUAAUGAAACACUGGUAGAGCUCAAGAUUGACAACCAGAGGCAGCAAUUGGGGACCGCUGUAGAAUUGGAAAUGGCCAAGAUGCUUGAGGAAAAUACAAAUAUCCUUAAAUUUGGGUAUCAGUUUACACAGCAGGGACCCCGAACCAGGGCAGCUAAUGCGAUAACAAAAAACAAUGACUUAGUUCGUAAGAGACGAGUUGAAGGAGACCACCAGUAAGUUAACCAAGAUAUUAUCUUUGGAAGACUUAAGAAGGUCACCAAGGGUUAUGAUGGUGAUAUCAAAUGUAACAUUUUCCUGGGUAGAAGGGAAAAGACUGGAAAAAUUUUUUUUUUUAACUACAUAUAUCUUUUUUCUAGUUUAAGUUGUUAACCAGCUUCAAAUUGUAAAAUCAGUAGGUGUUACUUUGUAUUUUAAAGCAUUAUUUCUGCUUUCUGCUAAAAUUAGUUUUAAUUUAGCUUAAUUGAAUUGCUUAUGAUGAGACUUGGAUAGAAAAAUACAAUCGUAAAAAAGUUUAGGAAGUCAUUUUUACAGAACAAUGUAAACACUUUAAGGACCAGUCUUUUUUAAAUCAAAAAGGGAUAUUGCUGUAUCAGAAUUACUGUUGCACUCUUAGGUACCAAGGCACUUCAAAGCUUUCCUUAUUCCAUGACAUGGAGACUUUUCCAUGUUUCAGAAUACGUGAACUUGGCAAAGAGUGUGCUUUUUGCUUCUAUCAAGAAAGCAAAAUGCUAGAAUUUUUAAACAGACAACUCAAACUCUGAUAAUCUGUUUAGAAGAAAAGUAGACCUCUAGGGGAGGGAAGAUGGUCACUGAGCACCCCUGGCCACUGCACUUGUCUUACGUGUUUCAGCAACGCCUAGACCUUUUUAAAUGAAGUCAUCAGCUCGGCUGGGCUGCAUACUUUUCUUAAAGUAUAGUUAUGUUUAUGUCUAAAUUCAUUACAGUUUUUCAUUUUAAUAAUGGGGUGUUAUUUUUGUGAAAACUCAUAGUAGAGGCAUCUGAAUAAGAAAGCUAUUUCUUUCCCUAUAAAAGGUUUACAGCCAAUUCUUGGUUAUUUAGGGUCAAAGAAAAUAAACUGUCAUUAAACACAUGAAAUCAAAGAUAACUAACAUGGAGUUAGAGGAGUAUGCAAAGUGGUCAUUUAAACUGAUGGUUGCUGUAAAUUAGGAACUAGCAUGCAUACAAAUUGUGUUGCACAGUAUAGUGAAACAUUACUACGUGCCAAGCAGUAUUUAAUCACCAUUUGUUAGAAAUUUUUUAACCAAUAAGGAAAACUGCUGUUCUUCGUAAGUCUUAAUUUUGAUUGUUUCCUUUCAUCAUGUACUUCUUUGUCCAUAUUGUGUAAAAGUUAUUUGUCAUAACAAAAGAUGUCUUCCUCUCUCUCUGAGUAUUAACGUGAACAACUGAGCAGUGUUCUGUGGUGGGAAGGCUGCCUCCAGAACCAGCAGCAGUAGAGGGCUUGGACUUGUAUCCCUGCCAUCCCUGGGCAGCCCCUGCAGCAGAAGAUGGCAGAGGCAUUCCAGCUACAGAAGAUGGGCGUGGGCGGGAGGAAUCUAAGUGAUCCUGGCUCAGAAAUUCAGGCCUGCCUGUAUUCAUUUACAGGGAGAUUUUUCUAAAUGGAGCAAUCUCAUUUCAGAGUAUGGGGAGAGGUCUGUUAGUUUAUUGUUAACUUUUUAAAGUUGGAUUACAAAAUAUCUGCUCCUUCAGCUUGGGCUGGACGGUUGGUCUAAUAAACUAGGCAGCCUCUUGUAUACUUUGGCAAUAAGCUUUCUUAACAGGCAAAGCUUCCCUUAUAAGAACUGGAAGCAUUUGCUUUUUUUCAGUUAGUAUCCAGUGUUUUAAAGGAGCCAAAGAUUGACUUUUCACUGUAUUUUUCCAUUGUAGUUAAUGGGCCACUGAUUCCCCCACACCCAAGUUAUCAAGCCUCUCUCCUUCCCUCCCUCUCUCUGUUUCUCUCUCCUUUUCAUAUACACCUUUGGAAGUGUACUUGAUUUGAGAGACUGCACUGUUUGCGCAGGGUGGGGGAGUCAGCGUGGAGCAGGUGUGUAAGGCUAGCGAUACACUUUCAGCAGGGUCCCCUCACUCGCACUCUCCUGUAAGUCGGUAAAUUGUUAUAUUACCCCUUCCUCCCAUAAGUUUUUUUUAAUAUGGAUAGAUGGGACCCUACUAAAAUUCUGUAUCAUACUUAUGGUAAUAUCUUUUUCAUAUACUUAUCAAAGUGUGAAGUUGUUUUGCUUGUACCAUUCCAGUUUUGAGCUGCAAUAGUUCAUUGUUGUAAUUGAAGAAAAGAUUUCUUCAUAAAUAACUUUAAAGAUGAACACAUCCAACUGAAUAUAGAAAAUCUUUCAAUAAUUGUCAUUAUAAGGGAGAAACUGGUGUUUACUUUGAUCUUUAAAAUUGUGGCACCUCUUAACCUUUUAGUAAUUUUAAGUAUGUCUAUAUUGCUUUGAUAUUUUAUGAAAUUACCUUUGAGAAGUAGUCUUUAUUUUUAAACCAAAGAUUUUCUAAAACCUUAAGGUCUGUAGUCUAAAUCAGUUUAAACUUAACCUGGUUAUCUAAUCAAAGAUAAUUUUUUCCAUUUUUAAAUUGCUAUUUUUUAAAAGCUUUUAAUUUUAUAAACUUUAUAUUCAUAUUUGUCUGAAGUUCUAAUUUUUCCAGUAUGUCUACAUGCAAUUUUAUGUAUUAAAAUAAUAUUAAUAACUAAUAUUGAUAUCAUUAAAAUGGAUUUUGGUGCUGUACACUUGUAGCUAAAGCCUAGUAGAAAUCUCAAGUGUAGGUGAAAUACAUUUUCUAAGGGUGCCUGUCAUUUGAAAGACCAAAUAAACAUUUUGUGUUUUAACAAAUUAGCCAUUUAUAAGAGAUUUUAAGGAGAAUUAUCUUUUUCAUUAAAUUGCAAAUUCUUGUUAUUUGAAUGAAAUAACCUAUAUACCUGCUUUGUGUGAUAAAUGCACUCUGGAAGAGUUACAUGUAAAUAGAAUUCUGUAAAUUAUUUUCCCUUUGACAGCAUAUGAUGUGUUUUCAUUUAAAAAGAGAAGUCUAAAAAUUAUGAAAGAAAAAUGUUUUGAUAAAAUGUUAGCCAUAUUCUAUUGCACAUUAUAUUUAACCCUUGCUGCUGUUAAAGUAAGCUUCAAAAGAUUCCUGAGGUUUCAUAAAGUCUUAUACUUUUGGUUCUGUGUUUCCAGAGCUGCCUUACUUUUUCCUUAUAAAACCAGGAACCACUGUUACCUUUCAGCAGAUCUGAAGAUCAUGCUGUUCCUGCCAACUAAGAUUUUCUGCAGUUCAGCUGUCUUACAAUGCCACUUCACUUUUAAAGAAAUUUUUUUCAAGUUUGAUUGAUAUAAUUGAAUUAUACAUUGUAUUAGUAACUGUAUUAGUUUAAGGUGUAAACAUAAUGAUGAGAUGUAUGCAUAUAUCAUGAAAUGAUCAAUACAAUAAGUAUAUUUAUUAUCUGUCACCUCCCAUAGUUAAAAAAUUAUUUUUCCUUGUGAUAAGAAUUUUUAAGGUCUACUCUUUUAGCAACCUUCAAAUGUACAAUACAGUAUUACUAUAGUCACUAUGCUAUACUACAUCGCCAGGACUUAUUUAUCUUAUAACUGGAAGUUUACCUUUUGAUGACCUUCACCCAUUUCACCCACCCUUCACUCCUGCCUCUGACAACUGCCAAUUUGGUCUUGUUUCUGUGAGUUCAGUUUUUAUAGAUUCUCAUAUAAAUGAGAUCAUAUAGUAUUUGUCUUUCUCGGUCUGAUUUAUUUCACUUGCAUGAUGCCCACAAGCCACUUCGCUUUUGAAUAGUAAUAACUGAAGAUAUGGCACUCAGAAGAACCAAACACACGGGUGUGCCCAAGCAACUCCUGUCGCUGCUUCAGAGGAGGGCUGCAAGUCCUUGGUUCUAAACACCUUUAGAACUGUCCAUCAGCUCUCACUGAGCAUUCUUGUUUCUAGAAAUUUCUCACCAAAAGACUUGCUUUCCCAAAAAAAACACUAUUUUUAAAUUGAGAAAAUAUAUUUAUAAAUAGAUCUUUAUACACAUAAUGUCAUUUUAAUAUGGGCCUUUCUUACAUUGAUUUUUCUGCAUUAUAAUUGAACUCCAUAAGUUCUUCCCUUUAAAAAGUGAAACUGGCAAAUUUUUAUAAUAAAACAUUUAUAACAUUUUAUUAAUGUUAAACUCUUAAUUGCAGUCUGAUCAUUCAGAGGAGCCUAUCUUAGGGAUUACCUAGGGAAAAAAGAAAUUAACUAAGUAAACUACUUGUAAGUCCUUACCAACUAUUUUAAAAAGUCUUUACUGACACAUAAAGAAUGCUGCUUAGGGCACCUGCUCAAGUGGAUAGUUAAGAAUAGAUAAUAAGAGUAUUAAACACAACCAGCUGUUUUUUUAACAUUGUGGUACAAAUUCAUAAGUUUUUAAGAUAAUCAGACACCCUUUAAAUAAUGUAUAUGUCAAGUUUAACCCCUUUAACUCCUUAACUCCCUUUCUACACAGUCAAUGUUUUAAUUGCUGCAAAGUAAUUGACCUAAAAUUUUUCUGUCAGAUAUCAUGGUCCAUAUUUAUACAUUCAGAAAGUAAGGUUUAAGAACAAGUGCUGGGUGCUUCUUAGUGGGUAUAUAUGACAAUUUGUAGAAGUUUAAAUUUUACCUCCACUCAAAAAAAAAAAGUUUUUGAUUUAGUUUCAACUUUUUAGAUCUGCCUGCUUAAGAAUUAUUUUAAAAGGAUCACAUUUAUACAUGUGCAAAUACAUACACAGCAUAAAAACCUAUGUAAUUUCAAUAAAUGCCUACUAUUUUUUUUCAGUCUUGGAUGAAUUAUAUCAGUUUUAAUUAUACUUAAGAGAUUGAAAAUGAUCUUUGUAACAGUGCAUUGUUCUAUUAUGAAAUCAGUUAUUUAAACAUUUUUUAAUACUAAAAUAUCCAAAAUGCUAUAAAUGUUUAUUUUUUCAGUUUCUAUAAAUAUAAAAGCAGUGAAUUUUAUAAUACUGGUAUUUAAAUUUUAACCUAGUUCAUAAUAGCACAGUGAAGUUUCUUUUGAAGACUAUGUACUAUAAGCAUUUAUAAUUUACCACUAAGUGGAGUAAUUAAUUUCAAUAAAGUUUAUCAAAUAUC